AUGGCCGCCAGCUCAGUGCCACGAGGCAACAUGACCGCCAACCCAACAGAGAAGACAACCAGGCUUUUGGGUAAACUUUUUUGUUCCAGUCAUUUGAUAGAUUUCAAAAUGCCUCCUCCAGCGGUUCCCCAUGGCAUGUGCUUAAAAGUUAUAAACAACCGCAACAUGAAGGGUGGCAUGGGCUCUGAAACAAAUCCUCUGAAGUUCAUGGAUCAGGACUACAACGUUUUACAAGACUACAGUCUCAAGACAAGACAGAGAUUUGUUGACGAGUUUUUCCCACCUGAUCCCCGUUCUAUUGGUGAAGGGCUGCUGGAGCCAGAUGAUAUGGCCAGGGUGGAGUGGAUAAGACCAACGGUAUUGUGUCCAAAUGCAGCUGAAUUGAUUGUAGAGACAGUGUCCAGGUUUGACUAUGCCCAAGGAAGAGUAGGCAAUUGUUGGUUUCUGGCCUCUGUUGGGGCUCUAACAUUUCAAACCAAAUUAUUACAAAAGGUCAUUCCAGAUGGACAAUCAUUCAGCCACAAUUAUACUGGUUUAUUUCACUUCAGAUUCUGGCGGUUUGGAAACUGGUACGAUGUUGUGAUUGAUGACAAACUGCCGACGAUCGGCCGCCAGCUGAUUUUUGUGAAAUCAAAAACAUUUAAUGAGUUCUGGCCUGCCUUGCUGGAGAAAGCCUAUGCCAAGCUGUGCGGCUCCUACGCUGACAUGCAUGCUGGUCGAGUAUCUGAGGCCCUAUUGGACUUUACUGGUGGGGUUCAUAUGCACUAUGAACUGAAAACAGCUCCUACUGAUCUGUGGGAGAUAAUGCACCGUGCUUACCAGUCAGGGGUCCUUAUGGGUUGUGAAACUCCGGCAGGGAAUGAAGAACGAUUACCAAAUGGCAUAGUUAUGGGCCACGCUUACACCGUGACAAAUGUUUACCAGGUCAUGAGUGGUAGAAACCCAGUUAAACUGGUUAGAUUGUUCAACCCUUGGGGAGACAGUGAAUGGAACGGAGACUGGAGUGACAACUCACCUUUGUGGAACACAGUGAGCAAAGAGGACCACAAACAACUCCUAGUGAGUGAAAAUGGAGAGUUCUGGAUGUCAAUGAACGAUUUCCGUAGAACAUUUGACAACAUGGAUAUCUGCUGUAUCUGUCCUGAUUUUCUGGAAGGGAAGUCUGCUUGUCACUGGAUUUCCAAGUACCACCAUGGCAGCUGGGUUUCUGGGAGCACAGACGGAGGCGGCAUAAGUUAUACAGACAGCUUCUGUAAAAACCCCCAGUUUUGGCUGAAGAUUAAAGAGUUGGAUAAGGCCUGUGAACAGGGCCAGAAUAAUGUUCUGGUGACUCUCAUACAGAAACCAGACAAAAGACACAGACGCCGCUCUGCACACCAUGGCAUUGGCUUCUACGUGUUUGCGAUUCCACCUGAGAUGAGAUCUGAGGGAAAGUUUGGACCAAGCUUUUUCCAUGGAAGAAAGCCUGUGGUAACAAGCGAGCCCUUUCAAUGUGCAAGACAGGUGAUGAAAUUCUUCAGGCUGGAGCCCGGAGAGUAUCUCAUCGUACCAUCCACAUACCAGCCCAAAAUGAAAGGAGAAUUCAUCCUGUCCAUUUUCUGCAAAAAUGAGAUCCACAUUCAAAAGGACACAGAAAGAAUGGAGAAAGAUUUUCUUGUGGAUCUUUUAGACGGGUCUGAGGUCCAUUACACUGAAGAGGUGGAUGAAAGAUCAAAAACUAAAGCACUGUUUCGGCAAUAUUCUGAUCAAUAUCAAGUUGUUGAUGCUGAGAAGCUUCAAAGGCUUCUCCAUGAAAACCUACUUGGAGGGCAUAAAAACCCUGAAGGAUUUGGCCUGGAUUCCUGUAGAAGUAUAAUAGCCAUGUCAGAUUUAAAUGUUACUGGAAGACUCCUCGGACCAGAGUUCAUUCGUCUUUGGAACCGUAUUUUGACAUACAAGAAUAUCUUCUAUAGCGUGGAUUCUUCCAGAGAUGGUGUUCUGUCAUUCAGCGAACUGCAAAAUGCAUUAGAGAAAACAGGAUUGCAUCUAAAUGAAGACAUCCUAAAUCUCAUGUUUGUGCGGUACAGUGGGGCUACUGAACAGAUCUCUCUGGAGGGUUUCAUAUGCCUUGUCAUGCGUUUGAAUUGUGUGGCCAGAAUAUUCCAGAGACUGUGUGAAAAUGGAAAGAUUACUCUUGAUGAGAGUGAGUGGAUAGGGCUCACCAUGUACUCAUGAAGGAAUGACUGCUAGCCAGGAGGUUUACCAACAUAUGCAAGAAGCAGUGCGAAAAGAAAACAUCAGCUUGGUGAUAAAAAAAAACAGCGAUUUAGGCAAUCUAAACAUGUCUCGUCUUUUUUUAAAUUCCUUUUUUUUUCUAUAUCAAACUGAUAAAUUGUGAUUGUUAUAUUAUGUCCUGUCCUUUUAUCCCUCUAUUAAAAUGCUUUUCUCUUUUUCUUAAAAUUCAUUUAAUAUACCAAUUUUAUAUGAUCAAACUGUUUGUAGUAAUUGCAAAAAAAAUCUGUCUAUUUUCCAUUUUCGAAAAGUUCUGCAUGUUAUCUAUGUAUUUCUCAUUGUAUACACUUGUAGUCACUGUUGGUGUAAAGUAAAGCAUAUUCAAGCAGAUGCUAUUUUAAAGUUCUGAUAUUCUUGUGAUUGUCAAGUAGGAAUAUUUCUCAACACAACAUCGUAUAAGGGGACUUUAGGCCACAUGUAGGUCUACAAUACAUGGAAAGAUCUAUCUAUUUGCAGUCAUUUUCAUCUAAAUGACAGAUGCUUUGGCUCCCGCAGAACUUUGAAACAUAAUUUACAUGCCAGGAAAUGUGUUUUGGUGUCAGUUUGUGACCAUUUUUGUCUGAUAUCAGCCACAUUGAUAAUAUCCACAAAAGAGAAAAUAUUCAGCUGUCUUUUGAACUUUUCUUACAGUAUGUAUACUAUACUCUAUUUUUUAGAUAUAAACUAUUAAUUUUAAAAACACUUGAAUGAAAAUUGUUCUUAUUGUAUGAAUAGCUAUAUGGUUUUAAUUACUUUGUCUUUAGCCUGCAAAUUUAGUGCUUUAGUGUAAGCAUUACUUUUUCAAUUAGUAAUAUUUUCAACUUAAAAAAGUAAAUAUUAAAAUAAUGUGGUUAUUUCAAUAUGUUGUAAUUUCUUAUUUUGUAAAUGAACACAAAAUAAUCAAUACACUGAGAUUUUAUACAUUACAGUCUCAUUUUCAUAUAUGAUAAAAAUUAAAUAUGUUUGCUUGUUGCCUACGGUCUGUUGCCAGUGUUGUUUUGCUAUAAACUUCUUAAGAAUUAUCU